GACAAACUCAGCGAGCCCACUCACAAAGCGCGAAUUGAGUAACUAACCCACUACCAGUGAAGACAAGACCAUCCCAUUGGGGGUUGAAUAGCCAAAAAAAAUCAAGGUCAGCUGAAUUGGUUCUUGUACAGGUUCACGUUUCACCAACGCGCAGAGAGAAACAAAGAUGCAGUAUUCCGCGAAACCGAGAUUGCUCCAUAUAUCAUCUCAACCACGCUCAAUAAUAAUAACCACGCGUUGCUAACACUCUACAUAUGCAAAAGAGCUAGUUCAUCAAUUUGAACGGGGGGAAUAUCGCUCCCUACCUGUUGAAUGAUCAUAUCAUCCAACAUCACCCAAACCAGGAGAAGAGGCAGCCUCUGCGGACCAGAGUGUUUCAAGGCGCGCGCCCCUCCUCCCUCCUACAGUUUGGAAUUAUCAAUCCUCAAAACCAUUCUUUCCCUUUGUUUCAAGUGGGAUAACGCGCGCGCCCUGUUCCCUGCCGUGCGUUCGCGGUGGAGUCUUACAGAUGAGAUGAUGUCUGACACAGCGAGGUCGAUCUUCGACCGCGCCACACAAAACGGGAUAUUGAGGGUUAUUGAUAUCACCAUGGAUAGUCAGUCACUUGGAGUGAAUGGAUAUGCCGGCAUAGAUUUGCCACUGAUGGUUUGAAGGGGACGGUGAGAAAAACUUGUGUGUGGGUGAUACAGCUAACAAGAUAACAACCCUGUAUGAGGCGAAGAUCCCAUCGGUGCUGAGCCGGAUCCUUGCGGUGGUGUGGCUUUUCUGAGGAAGAGAGUGUGAAGGGAUGUAGAAGUGUGGAUAUUUUCACCAUCCGUCAUGAUGACGGUAGUCGUGGCACUACCGGG